AUGGUACAGUGUGAUUUUGCAACGACAUUUAUCCAUCACAUUCAAAAACACAUGUUAAGACAUCCUGAGGUAUCUGAAUAUGUACAAGAAGAUGAUGGGGGAUCAACAACUUCUAACAACCAAGCUGAUGAUGUUCCCAAAAUACCUUCUUCGGCAAGAAGCAUAGCUCAACUGAUGCAGGACAGUAUCACCCAACAGCCUCCUCUUUUUUUGAUGCCUUGAGAAAGUUCAACUUACAUCCUACAAAAUCC